UCCCUCCAAGCUCGUCACCAAGCUUAGGACCCUAGGACUAGCGCUUGCAAGAAAGACAUUUCACUGUACUUGUGCACGUGACAUUAAAACUUGAAACUGAAUCUACCGUAAACACAAGAAGAAAAGCCUUGCGCGCUCGGUCUUGGCGUUAUGGUAAUUUAUUCACCCACCAGUGACGCACUUCCAAAGACCCGCUGAAAUUCAAAGUGUAUUUGAAAAGGCGUCAAACGAACAGCCGUUCGAAUCUUUUCCGCAGUUUAUGCUCAGUCGUGACUUGUUUGCUUGACCUACACGGACACUUUUGUUGAGGAAGAUCAUGGAUGGGGAAUUUCGAAGUGGGUUGGCGACAGCUUUGAAGAGACAUAGAGAUCCUUUGUCUGACACAGAAGACAAUGUCCACUCGUCUGAUGUCAAUGAUGUUCAGAAAAGGCGUCGCCUGGAGGUGUUGGGCAACGAGAACGUCAGCCCUACAAAGAAGUCUUCAACUAGAGACCGCCUCCGCUGUGCAGAGCUGGUGAAGCCUGACACCCCUGCUCUCUGCUCUGUCCGCUCCAGAGUACAGCAACUAACCCAGAGACGUGAGGGAGGGCAUGUGCUGGCUCAGAGAUGCCUCUCUGAUCCAGGGUCUGGGGUACCAUCCAUUAAAUUCCAGGAUGGAUUCAAAGAGCACCAUCUUAUUGGUGAGGCAGAAUUCAGCUCGCGGGUGGAGCGGUUUAGAUCCCCCACCACUCCUCAGGCCAGCCCCCUGCCAGCCAACCGGUGGCCCCGUACCCUCUCCAACGCUGUUACCAACUUACAACUGAAACUCGAGGCCAGUGACACACCCAGCUCCAAACAAGCCUCCCGCAUACGCCAGGAGAGGGAGGAGGAGCUGCGUCUUGUAAGGGCCCAGCCAAUCACAGAGAAUGUCUUCUUAAAGCGAAGCUUCUCUGAUUCCUCGCUGACUGAGAGGGCGACCCCACCCGUCUCCUCAUUCUCCCCUUGGAUGAUGUUUAGACGUAGCAGGAGACUGCAGUGGCCACCGUUCCAACCAUGGAAUCAGGCAGACCUCAAUGUGACUGGUGAUGAACCUUUUGGCGUGAAGGACGGCAGCUUUACCGAGACAUCUGUCUUCACUAAGGUCGAUGGAGUGGAGCCUCCAAUUCAAGACACCGGUGAGGUGGCAGAAUCCUCAGUUCACAUGGAUGUCCCACCAAAAGAGGUGAAGGGGAGACGCAUGGCUGAGGAGCAGGCAGAGUGCGCUAUGGACAUUUGUCAGGGAACUUCUCUACCAGAUGAACAACAUGAGGCAGCAGAGGGUCCUGUAGUGAAAGAGCAGCAAAAGGCAGUCUCAAUGGAGUCAAAAGGAGAUGAUGAGGAACCGACUGAUGAACCACAGUCAGAGGCCAGAGGGUUAAAGAAAGUCACAUUUAUCCUGGAGCCAGAAAUGAUCAAUGACUCAGCUCUGUCUGAGCUGGACUCUUCAUCUAGCUGGAAAAGAGAAAGUAUGUCAGAGGCUGAGCUGAGCUCUCGUGAUGAAACCAACACCGCUGAGAUGAUUGACCUCAUGUUUGAUGAGGUGCUGGAGGCUGCUGCCCAGGGAAGGAUGGAAGAGGAGGGUGAAGAGGACACUGAGGAUCACAACAGUGGUAUAGCCACAGCGAUGAGCGGAAUGGAAAAGGAGAAAACAGACACAGAGUUGGACAAGGACAAAGCUGAAGAGGGUGAAGACCUGGAAAAAACCAAGGAACUGGACUCCAGUGCAGAUGAGCUGCUGUCCUUCCCACCCAGCUUUAUCCUCUCCCCUCUCAGCAAGUCUGUGGACGCUGUGGUCACUCCUAUGAGACUUGCAGCCAACCCUCCAUCCCUACUUCUGACUCCUGAAGAGCUGUCCACGCCCCCUGCUGAUAGUGCCCCUCUCUACAGCAUCGAUGCCUACCGCACCCAGAGACAGAGCACCAAGCCAGCCAUUCAGAGAGUAACCCCAAGGGUGCAGAGGCAUGCCACUGAGAAGUCUCACCCCCAGCCCUGUGUCAACACCAAGGAAAGGAUCAUGGUUCUGAAUGAGGAUGCUGCCAAGCUGCACAUGGUCAUCAAACAGACGUUGCAGGCCCUGAGCUGCUGCACUGACGAGGACCACGGCAGGGGCUCCCUGGAGGAGGCAGAGGCUGAUAAACUGCUGCUCGUCUCGUGUGAGAAGCGGGCAGCCCUGCUGGCUGAGGUGGCCAGGCUGAAGGAGAGGGGGGGCUCAGCCUCUGAGGAUCUAGAGGGGGGUGAUGGUGAGGGGGACUCCAGCAUGUCCCAGCAGCCCUGCAGGGGCACUGUCAGCAUCAGCAGUGUCCAGCUCCCUCUCAAGGUGGAGUUUGUCUGCUCUGCCCGCACACGAACAGGUCGGCCCACUCAUUAUUUCUUUGUCCUGAUUCGUUAUGGACCCUGCAACAUCGUUGCGACCCCAUUGGCCACGGCAGUGGACGCCCAGAAUGGAGACACCAUCUCCUUCCCCACCUCCAUCACCCUGCAGGACAUUCGCUCCAACUUUGAGAUUGAUGUGGAGGUCUACAGCCUGUCCCACAGCUCAGGGAACACCUGCAAUGUGGAUCUCCGCAGCUCCACCAAGUCAAGGGUCACUCCAAGGAAGCUUCUAAGCACCAUCAAGAGAUCCAACCAAAAUGUAACAUCUUCUACCAUGCCGCCCCUGAACACCCGGCGCACCAGCAACUUCUCUCUGGUUGGUUCUCACAAGAUCUCCCUGGCCUCCCUGGGCCAGAGCAAGUUCCCCCUGGACAAGAUGAAGUUUGAAGGCAAAAUCAGGAGACUCCUGGGAGAUGAGUUUCAGGAAAAGGUGCCCUUCCUGUCUCCACUAGAGGGAAACAUAUACCUGCAACUGGAGAGCGAGAGCCACUCUAAUGUCCAGCACCAGGGCUUCCUUACAAUGUUUGAGGUGGUGAAUGGAUUUGGAGCUUGGCAUCGACGCUUCUUUGUCCUGGAGGGAAACCACAUGUCCUAUUGGAACCACCCCAAUGACAGAGGCAGCAAGGCAGCAGAAGGCAGCAUCUCCCUGUCUUGUUCCUCUAGUCAGAGUGUGAAGCCAGUGACGAGAGACUCCUGUGCUCGCCCCUAUACUUUUGAACUGGUCAGCAGUGUCCAGACUGCACAACAGGAUGACCAGGGCACUCUGGCCAAGUGCUGGUUCUCAGCAGAUACUGGGGAGGAUCGAGGGGACUGGAUGGAGAACCUGAACCAGGUUCUCCUGGACCUGCAUACCUGGACUCGCUGCCCCCCUGAACCAUGCUAAAGCACAGCCCAACAACCAGGCCAGCUGUGGGAACAUGAGGGACAGCAGUCUAACACACUAUUAUAUCAUAUCUUUAUGAAUUCUUAUGAUUACCAUUGGGAGAUUAUUUUAGACGUGGUGAUAUUUUGCCUUUCCUUGGAUUUGUCACUUUCAAUAGCCAUUUAAAAUAGAGUUCCAUCGUGUUGUGUGUUGCAUGAUAUAUACUAUUUACCUGAGCUUGAAGUAGAUGAUUUAAAUGAAUCCAUAUAAUCUACAAACACUAUUAAAUGCGUAUCAAACCUAGUGCAGGAGAGCCCUAACGCUAAACUGAUGAUUAGUCCAAUAGUCUAGUUAUAAUUUUCGUAAGACAAACAGAAAAAAGCCAGACAUGGCUACUGGACAAUAUGAUUUCACUACUACAGCAUUGCUGUAAUACCCUCAAGUGUAGAAAUCUCUCUCGGAAAUAAGAAAUCUGUACCUGACACACAACCUACCUAAUCUAGAAACUCGUGAAUUGAGUGAUUCAACUAGAAUUGCAGUCAAGUUGAGUUAUAGUACUGUACUUGAAAAUCUGAGCCCUCUGCUACGAGGUAAAUAUUGACUAUUUCACAAGUUCAAUUCUUCGUAUUCCUUAAAUCAAUCUAUUGCUGUGUUGUGCAUAACACAACAGGGGCCUGUCAACAAAGAUGGUACCCAAGCACUUCAAAUGGACUAUAGAAUGAUAAGGUGUACAAUGUUAGUGCCUCAUCUCAUGAUAAAUCCUAGUAGGAGCCUAAAAGGUGAUGAAUGUAUAUGCUGACUGUAGUCAACCUAGUUUCUUUUCUUUUCCUUCAUGUAUUUACUGUCAUUCUCUUUCUGUAUGUGGAUGUUAUCCCUAUAAAAUACCUGUCAACAUUCUUUAUAUGCACUUGAUUGAUGAAGGUACUACCAGUAAAUAAUACAAAUGGGUCUAAUGGCA